UGGUCAGCCAUCAACAGCUACACCAGUACCCCAGCAUCAUUUUGUACCGGCAAGGAGAGGCCAGGCUGUGGCAGAGGCCCGCAGCAGCACUGUUGUUGACCCUAAAUGGCUGGAUCUCAAGACAGCAGAAACCUUUGGAAAGCAGCUGGUCAUCACGUUCGGGAAGUACGCCGGUCAGACCUUCAGGUGGCUUGUGGAGAAUGAUGUCGGCUGGCUGGUGUGGCUGCUGUUCCAGUACUGCCAGCAGGGAGAGCAGAACGAGCUGCUGAAGUGGCAGAAGGAGCGACUGCUCCGCCAGACCGGCCUCAGGUCCAGUACCGGCACAUCCAUCACCAGGCUGGAAAGAGACGUGGUGAGAAGCGGAGAUUAUUUGUUGAUGAGCCUGGGACUCCCGCGAACCGGCCCGUUCAGCCCACUGGGUUUGUCGUCCUCCACCCGGCUGAAGCCUGCUGCGCCCACCCCCAUUCUGCCGAGGCCUCCUGCGUCCACCCACCUCCAGCCGAGGCCACCUGCUGCGUUGACCUACGGCCCGCCCCCUGUGUCGGCAGCACCCAUACUGCUGGUCCUCCCCGCACAGCCACAGGCCCCCUCCGUCCUGUUUUGUGGGCCAUCCUGCAGCCAGAGCUUUGUCCCUCCUGCACCAACCGUGAAGACAUUCAUGCCUAACAAGUCCUCAAGGCCAUGUGGGGCUUGCCACGUGCCAGACUGUGGUGGACAGCGGAAGAGGUACACCCCUUCCAAGGACAAAGUGGCUGGAAGCAUGCAGAAAAUGUUUUCCUACUGUCCAUCCACUAGGAUGUCCACUACCCCUGGCUUUUACCAUGUGGUGUAUGACAACUUUGAACACUUUAAGAGUGUCGUGGAUGCAGAGUUGGAAAGGAGGACUGUGUAAAUACCUGGAAAUGCGUGUGUGUGUGUGAAUAACUUACCUCUGUGAUGCCACUGUUCCUGUGCCAUCUGUAAGCGAGAGAAAGAGGCUUGUUUGUGUGUGUUUGUCUUUGUCUUUGUGUGUGUUUUUUAAAGUGCUUCAGCAAGCACUAUCUAUUUAUUUAUAUCGUUCAAAAAAAAAGGCACUUUGCAGUUUUACUUGAAGUUCUUUUGUUCGUUUUUUAUUUAUUAUUAUUUAUAUUGCUGUUAAAAUUUACUUUGUAGUAUCCAUUCUGCUCUAUGUUCAAUAUCGAGGCCAAUCUUUUAAACCAUAAUCAGUUCCAAUCUAACACAAUCAGUUUACAUACCCUUUAGUGGUUGUUCAUGUUCAGAUAAUCUGUGUUUUUGUCAUGCAUGUUGUUUGUCUUUGUCAGCUUCAUGUCUUUGUGAUGUUUGUAUGUAUUUGUCUGCUUCAGUUUUAACAAAAGUUUGCUAAAGAAAACAUAAAAA